UACAAAACCCCUCCAUUUUUAAUAUUCUUUCAAAGCAGCGUUAUGUUAUCAGGUCAGAGAGUCAGAGACAAAGAGCAUCCAGUCGUCGAUGGAGUCGCUUGCUUUCGCUUAAACUCGUCUCCAAAAACAAAUGGCGACACCAGCAACAUAAUUUUUGAGGAAGAAACUCUCUCGAAAUAAAAUGACAGCGACAAAAGAUAGAGAAAGAAAAGCAUUUGUCUGUCGGUACAUGCUGUCGCCGGCGACGUACAAAAGAACAGGGCUUACAUCAUCGUUUUGAAAAUGAAUGUCAAACACAAGCAUUAGGCAAAAUAAUCGGCACAAUUAGACGGAUAGGCAUGCAAUUAGUGAACAUGUGGUAGUGCCAAAAAUUUGGCAUUCUAUUUUUCGAAAAAUCUCAUCACUAUAUAAACAUAAACAUGUUUCAUCAUUCAAUCUCCUUCGGGUCUUCACUCAUCAUUUUUCUAGGAAUUUUUUUCUUCCAUAUAAAAAACAAAAACCAAAAAAAAACAAAAAACAAAAAACAAAUAUAUAUACAUUUUACUGAUCAAUUUUUUUUAUAUCAAAUAAAAAUAUUCUUAUUCUGUAAUGUCACGUUUGGUGUAUAUAAUCUUUUUGCUUGUAGUGGUAGAAGGUAGCAGGAACACUUUAGAUCAAAAUACUGAAACCAACGCAUCAGAAGCCAAAGUAGAAGAUUUUCCAGGCAAAAUUGCUACUGGAAGAUUUUCUGAUGGAAGGGUUCCAUCUGAUAUUGUUGCGGAAAGACUAGGAAUAGCAGAAGCAAUACCAGCAUAUUUAAAUCCAAAGCUCAAAAAUGAAGAUCUUCUCAAGGGUAUAAAUUUCGCUUCUGGUGGUUCUGGUUACGAUCCAUUAACAGCUAAACUAGUGAAAGUGGUAUCUUUAUCAGAUCAACUAAAAUAUUUUCAAGAGUAUAAAGAAAAAAUAAAAGGAAUAGUUGGCGAAGAGAAAGCCAAUUUCAUAGUGAAAAAUAGUCUUUACCUCGUGGUAGCCAGCAGUAAUGAUAUUGCUCAUACAUAUACGGCACGGUCACUCAAAUAUAACAGAACUUCAUAUGCUGAUUAUUUGGCUGGUUUCUCUUCUGAAUUUGUCAGAGAGUUAUAUGGACUUGGAGCUCGAAGAAUCGGAGUAUUUAGUGCAGUACCAGUUGGAUGUGUACCAGCAGCCAGAACAGUUCAUGGAAGAUUAAAGCGAAAAUGUUCAGACAAACUAAACGAAGUGGCUCGUCACUUCAACGUAAAGAUGUUUCCGACAUUGGAGGCUUUAGGAAAAGAGUUGCCGGAUAGCAAAAUUGCGUUUAUUGACGUAUAUGACACUCUUAAUGAUAUGAUCGAAAACCCUAAAAACUAUGGAUUUGAAGUAUCAAACAGAGGAUGUUGUGGAACAGGAUUACUUGAAGUACUCUUUUUGUGCAACAAAAUCAAUCCUUUUACAUGCAAAAAUUCAUCUUCUUAUAUAUUUUGGGACAGUUACCAUCCAACAGAAAAAGCUUACCAAAUUAUCGUUGAUAAGUUGUUAGGAAAAUACAUUAAGCAACUAGUCUAAUUCUAGGUAUUUUUAUAAUGUUCUAAGUAAUUGUUCUGAAGUAUGUAAAAACAUAAAACUUAAAUCAUUUUUCUACUAAUUAAUCGUAAAAUAAUUUCACGAAAAGAAAUAUUCGUCUAUUAACU